GCCCCGCCCCUCUGCCCCUCCCCCCUUCAAACAGAAAGCCCCCUGUCCGUCCUUGUGAUGUUCCCUCGCUGCUCUCGUCAGAACCAGUGAAGAACCCUGGCUUCUCGAAAGCAAACCCGGUUCGGUGUUCGGUCCGUGUGUUGGACUAGCGGUUCUCAGCCCCGAGGUUCGGACGGGGACGGCUCGUUGUGCUCCGGAGCUCCCGCUUGGCCUCGCGGCGGUCAUCUCCCGCUCAUUCAUCCCGAGCAGCAACCAUGGCUGCGGCGGACUUUAACUUCCUUCUCGCCACGGAUUCGUACAAGAUCACUCACUACAAACAGUACCCCCCAGGAGUCAGCAAAAUUUACUCCUACUUUGAAUGUCGACGGAAGAAAGGCUCCCCGUUCAAUGAGGUGGUGUUCUUCGGCCUUCAAUAUCUGCUGAAGAAGUACCUGACAGGUCCUGUGGUCACUGAGGAGAAGAUUCAGGAAGCCAAGCUCUUCUACCAGAUGCACUUCAGACAGGCUGUGUUUGAUGAGGAGGGCUGGAGGAAGAUCCUGGAGAAACACGAUGGUCGCCUUCCCAUUCGGAUCAAAGCAGUUCCAGAGGGUCGGAUUGUUCCGAGAGGGAACGUGCUCUUCACUGUGGAAAACACGGACCCCAGCUUCUACUGGCUCACCAACUACAUCGAGACUAUGCUUGUCCAGAUGUGGUACCCCAUCACAGUAGCCACUGUAUCCAGAGAGUUCAAGAAGAUCCUAGCCAAACAUCUGAAAGCCACUACAGGAAGUCUGGAGGGCCUGGACUUCCGGCUGCACGACUUUGGCUACAGAGGAGUGUCCUCGCAGGAGUCUGCGGCGCUGGGAGGAGCUGCUCAUCUGGUGAACUUCUGCAGCACAGACACUGUGGCUGGAGUGCUCAUGGCUCAGAGGUAUUAUGGCUGUCCAAUGGCUGGCUUCUCCAUUCCUGCAGCUGAGCACAGCACCAUCAUCUCCUGGGGCAGGAGCCGGGAGAAAGACGCCUUUGAGCGGCUCCUGGACCAGUUCUCGUCGGGUCCGGUGGCUGUGGUCAGCGACAGCUACAACAUCUUUAACGCUUGCAAACACAUCUGGGGCGACAAGCUGAAGGAGAGAGUGAUGGAGCGCAGCGAGGACUCCUGCCUGGUAAUCCGACCGGACUCUGGAGACCCGGCAGAGACUCUACUUGAGGUCAUGAGGAUUCUGGAGGAGUGUUUUGACUGCUCUCUGAACUCUGUGGGAUUCAAGGUGCUGCCGUCGUACCUGCGGAUCAUACAAGGAGACGGGAUCGACCUUCGCUCUGUGAAUCAGAUUCUGGAGAAGCUCAGCGAUGAAGGCUGGAGUGCUGAGAACGUCGUCUUCGGCUGUGGCAGCGCCUUGCUUCAGAAGCUGAACAGAGACACGCUGAGCUGCGCCUUUAAGUGCAGCUAUGUGGAGACCAACGGCAAGGGGAUGGAUGUGUACAAGCAGCCGGUAACCGACCCAUCCAAGAGGUCCAAGCGGGGCCGACUGUCUCUGCGGAGAAACUCCGACGGAUUCUUGGAGACGGUGGAGAGCGGGGCGGGGAAACCCGAGGAGGACUUGUUGGUGACAGUGUUUGAGAAUGGCUGCCUGAUGCAGGACUACACCCUGGAGGAGAUACGGAAGAACGCCCGGCUGCAGGACGACGAGCCGAAUCCCGUCUCGCACAACCAGGAGCGGGUGAACCAGCGCAUCAUCAACGGGGUCCACUAGAAGCAGCAGACACAGGGGCCUGAGGAAUGCAGUUUCCUUAGGGGCCCCACCAUCACGAAGCAGAGGCUCAGUGUGAUUCCUGAACACUUUGACUUUAAGCGUCAGAGCACCAGCAGCUUCAGCGGUUCAUCCUCCAAAAGAAACCCUCAGAAGUUCCCGAUGGAAUAAAGACUCUAGAAUGAGGAGCACUCUGCAUGAAGACGGUCAGGAUUCCUUCUUCUCUACCAUCAAACAAAAUCUCAGGACAAAUUGCAUGCCGGAUGUGGGCCAAACCUCCCACAGACUUAAUGACCAUAACCCUAAGCAGCACUGCCACCUACAGGAAGAGGAGGACUUUUUUUUUUAGUUGAACCAAGCAUUUCUGUCUUUACAGGCGGUCACGCACUUCCUUCCAAAAUUGUAGUUACCGACGAUGAGAAUCUUCCUGAAUCUUUAGGAGGCUCACGCGUGAUUUCGGGGCAGAGCCGAGGACAAAAAAAAAGAAAACAGGCUUUGAUGAAUGGUAGUUUUCUGAGUACAUUUAGGUGCAUUUUCAGAUAUUUUAAAGCAAAAGAGAAAACCCUCAUUAAUCUCAGAUGGGAUUUUACUCUGCAGUGUUGAUUUUUUGUGUGUCUGAGAUUAUGAGUUGUUGUCACGAGAAGCUGGAAGUGGUUUUAAAGUGCGUCGUCAGUAUUUGAGACCUGAGGAAGACGAGGAGUGGGUGAAAGUAGACCUGUUGGAUGAAGGUUCAUCAGGAUGUAUUUGUGCUCUGGCAUUCCCCCCCACCUGCCUUCUCUAUCUUUAGAACACUGAUUUCCUCAAACAGCUGCUGCAGAGCUUCUCUUCAGAAGCUCUUCCAGGUGUUUCCUCAGGUGUGUGUGUUUUACUUAGAUUUUUUUUAAAGCUCUUAAUUUGAGAAAGUGGAAAAAUAAACAUCUGAAGCAUCAUCUUCACACAAUAAUUGCUCUUAAAAACUCAUGUUCUAAUUUUUCUUAACAAUUUUCUGGUGAUUGUGCAUGGUUUUUGAUUGAACUGGUCAGUUUUGCAGCACCUUUCCACAGCAGACCAAUCAUUCCUUCAUUCUCAGCCGGAGGAACGAGGUUUAGUAUUUAAUGCCACAAAAAAAUACUACAGUGACUGUUUAUGCAUAAUUAAGAGUAUGUGUUCUGUAAAAAUCAAGUGAUUUAUUUUAAGUGAUUAAAAAUGAAAAAAGUGUUGUUUUUGACUUAAAUCA